AUGACACUCAAGGCGAGUGUUUUGAACGGUAACGUGGUGGGGAUGGAAGAGCUCGUAUCCAAUCGUCAAGGAUGCUUGAUUAUACGCGGUUUAAUCAAGACAAAACUUGAGGACUUUACGGUGCGCGAGAUCAGUGUCACCGGUAAAGUGUUGGAUUUUAAUGAUAAAAGUGACCUCUUGCCAACCGAGAGUGAAUACGACGGUGUCCUGAAGAAGCUUGAAGCAAGGCAGCAAAAGGAAAAGAAGUCAAGAAUCCUCUUUGAUGAGCCUGCUGAUGGCUGGCGAAGAGCGCUGACGGAGCUAAUUGGAUCCAAAUCUUUUGUCGGCGUUGAGGACGUGGCAAUAGGCCACAAAGAAGAUAUCUAUAUUGCAUCGCCCGUAGAAAGUCAAAAGCGCGUGUAUCUUUAA